AUGGAUAAUAACACAUCAGGGUUUCUCCUUUUGGAAUUUUCAACAAUUUGGGAACUACAGACUAUGUACAUAACUUUAUUACUAAUACUGUACAUAAUGACAGUAACAGGAAACUUUGUCAUCAUCAUUGCUGUUAUCGCUGAUCACCACCUACACACCCCCAUGUAUUUCUUCCUGAUGAACUUAGCUGUGCAAGACAUUGGUUCUGUUUCUGACAUUAUUCCCAAAGCUGUUUUCAAUUCUCUUACAAAUACAAGGAAGAUUUCAUAUGUUGGUUGUCUUGUUCAAGUCUACUUGAUUCUAUUCUUCUUCGGCUCGGAUGUUGCCCUUCUUACAGUUAUGGCAUAUGAUCGGUAUGUUGCUAUUUGCAAUCCUUUGCAAUAUGAAAUAAUAAUGAACAGGAAAGCUUGUGCCAAAAUGAUUGGAAGUGUUUGGACUGCUUGCCUUCUCAAUGCUGCAUUGCACACUGUUGAAAUGUUUACUACUCCUUUCUGCUCUAAUAUUAUCAACCAAUUCUAUUGUGAAAUCCCAUAUAUACUAAAGAUUACUUGCUCUGAUUCAUAUAUAAGUGAAAUUGGAGUUAUAAUGUUCAGUGUUUCAUUAACAUUUGGUUGUUUUGUCUUCAUUAUUUCUACAUAUGUGCUGAUUCUGGCUGCUGUUCUCAGAAUCCCUUCUGUACAAGGGAGGAAAAAGGCCUUCUCCACUUGCCUACCACACCUCACUGUUUUCUCCAUAUUUAUGUUUACUGGUUCCUUUGCUUAUCUGAGACAGAUAUCUGACCAUCCAUCCCAUAUUGAUUUCAUAAUUACAAUAAUGUAUUCCAUUAUUCCACCCAUGAUGAAUCCUUUAAUCUACAGCAUGAGAAACAAGGAAAUCAAAGUUGCUCUUUCAAGACUUUCUGGUCAGAGGUCAUUUCAUUUUAAAGAAGUAUGA